AUGAAUUUCUCCACAGUUUUUCAAGCAAUAAUCGCGGUUUUAGGUUUAACUACAGUCACAGCUUUAGCAGAAUUUGAUUUCGACGUAGGCUAUGAAGAGUUUGUCCGUACCAAUCCUGAUACGAUUUUCUUAGAGAGUGAUAUUGGCCUGCACGUUGGAUAUACCGAGGGUGGCGAACGACAGAUAGCAACGAUACCACACAAUUCCACGCUAGGGACUUCACUACGUGAGUAUAGUGGCUGUGGUGGUAAUGGUACAGAAACCUCCAUCGCUACCCCCGCACCUACAAUGAGUGAGGUACCUAUCGCUACCUUCGUGAAACGUAGAAAAAGUGUACCUAUCUUGCUACCGCAGGUAUGUAUGUGA